AACAAAAAGGGUAGUUUAAAAUUGUACAUCAAGAAACUAGACUAGUUUCAAGAUUUCAACAUCAGAUUGGUUGUAUAAAGAGCCAGAGCCAGAGCCAGCGCCAAUAUCCUGCACUACCUCAAGAAAAUGGCUACCUCUACCAAAAACAUUCCAACUUCAUUUCCAUCACUUCAUGCUCAUAUCAGUCUCUUAACUGCAUCUGCAUUUAUCUUAUUUCUUCUUCCCAUUACUAGUUCAGAUUAUUUCGAUUUUCCUAACUUUUAUCCGACUACAACUUACAACGGCGCACUGUAUCAAGGAGAUGCAGUGUCGUUGGUUGGAGCCGUACAAUUCAACUCAUUCACUUACCUAUGCCGCGUCGGUUGGGCAACAUAUGCAGAGAGGGUUCAGUUAUGGGACUCCAAAACCGGAGCCCUCUCUGACUUCACCACCGAUUUCUCCUUCACUAUUGACACCCUAGGGUCACCCAAUUAUGGCCACGGGCUUGCGUUCUUUCUUGCUCCCGUUGGUUUCCAGAUCCCACCUAACUCGGCUGGUGGGUUCCUAGGGCUUUUCAACACCACAACUAGUAAUUCAGUAAAAAACCAAAUGGUGGUGGUUGAGUUCGACUCCUACCCGAAUACUGAAUGGGAUCCUCCGUACGAGCAUGUCGGGAUCAACAACAACUCAAUUGGAUCAGUCAUUACUACUCCGUGGAAUGCUAGCUUGCACAGCGGCGUAACAUGUGAUGCUUCGAUUAUGUACAAUGCAAGUACAAAAAAUUUGAGUGUGUUUUGGUCUUACGGGGGAAACUCUAACUCCCAAAGCAAUUCCAGUCUUUCUUACAAAAUCGACCUAAUGGAGGUUCUACCGGAGUGGGUCAUGGUUGGAUUUUCGGCUGCGACAGGGGAGUAUGUAGAGAAAAACACGCUUGAAUCAUGGCAGUUCACCUCCAGUUUUGACACGAAAACGACAAGUGCUAAGCACGCGAAAGAUUCCAAAUUGAUGGUUGGUCUAACAGUCUCAAUGGGUGUUUUGAUUUUUGGAGGGAUGAUCUUCAUAGGAUCUGCGGUUCUAAGGAAAAGGAGGCGUGUUCGAAGGGAAAAAACGGAGAAAAUGAACUUGACAUCGAUCAACGAUGAUCUAGAAAGAGGUGCCGGACCAAGGAGGUUCUCCUACGGAGAUCUUGUAACGGCUACUAACAACUUCUCAGCCGAAAGAAAGUUGGGUGAAGGAGGAUUUGGAGGUGUUUACAAAGGGUACUUAAACGAUUUAGACAUGGCGGUAGCUGUGAAGAAAAUUUCAAGGGGGUCUAGACAAGGGAAAAAAGAGUACACAACAGAGGUGAAGAUUAUAAGCCGGUUGAGGCACCGGAAUCUGGUGCAACUCAUUGGUUGGUGCCACGAUCAAGGCGAGUUCCUUCUCGUCUACGAGUUUAUGCCCAACGGAAGCCUUGACGCUCACCUCUUUGGGAAAAAGAUUCCUCUCACUUGGGCGAUGAGGUACAAAGUAACUCUAGGUUUGGCCUCGGCAUUGUUGUAUCUACAUGAAGAGUGGGAGCAAUGCGUGGUGCACCGGGACAUCAAGUCGAGCAAUAUUAUGCUAGACUCGGGAUUCAAUGUCAAGCUCGGAGACUUUGGGUUAGCCCGACUAAUGGACCACGAGCUCGGGCCCCAAACAACUGGCUUAGCUGGAACGUUAGGGUACUUGGCACCAGAGUAUAUAAGCACGGGCAAGGCAAGUAAAGAGGCAGAUGUUUUCAGUUUCGGGGUGGUGGUGUUGGAAAUCGCUAGCGGGAGGAAAUCAAUUCGUCCGACAGAUGAAGAAUCGGAAAUAGGGUUGGUGGAGUGGGUUUGGGAUCUCUACGGAAGAGGGCAAAUUCUUUCCACCGUUGAUGAGAGACUAAAAUCGAAUUUCGAUUUGAAGGAAGUAGAGUGUUUGAUGAUUGUUGGGUUAUGGUGUGCUUACCCAGACCAUAGCCUUAGGCCAUCAAUAAGGCAAGCAAUUCAAGCACUUCAUUUUGAGGCACCAAUGCCUAACUUGCCUAAGAAUAUGCCAGUUCCAAUGUAUCAAGUACCUAGAGCACCAACCUCCAGGUUUGAAGAUCAGCAGGUGGCGAGUUCCAGUGAGCCGAUGAUAAGUUGUACAAGCAUCGAUACGGGUCGUUAAGUCUUUCUAUUUACUUUUUUGCCAAUAAGGGUGCUUGAGACAUCUCGAAAUAGAUCUUUUUAGUUGCCCUGUUAGAUUGCAGUAGUUAAUACCGUUCAUCGUAUCUUUGAAUAAAGAAGGGUUGUAUCAGUAAAACCAUGCGUGCUAAGUGUGUACUAAUUUGACACUCUUGAUUAGUAGACUCUAUUUUUAUGCA